UCGGUGUCAGUGUUAAUCACUCGUCGCAGACGUAUCGAUUUCAAAGCUAUGAGUGUAACGCAAACGAUAAUGCUGACCAUAUGUCUGGGACUCAUUUGCGCGCUACAUGUACAUGCGGGCUUGGCAGUAAGUCAAGAACACCUCGAGGAACUGUACAAGAAUACGCCGGCUGUGCCGGAUGAGCGUCUGGCCGAUGCGGAACUGGAUAAUGCAUAUGACAUCUAUAAGUGGAAUGCCACAAUACACUGGCCAACGGUUGGGAAGACAAACAGCCGAGAUGUAAAUCAGAAUCACAUCGAUUAGACCAAACGCCCAACACAAUAUGACGAACAUCG